AUGACUGUUUGUUCUCUAUAUGAAUCCAAUCUUUCGGAUAGUAUUACCUUAACAAUUGACCAAGCUGGAAAUUUGUUGGGAGUUGCAAUUACAGGCAAAACAUCUCAAUGUAAAGACAUAUCUCUGCCAGAUUCCCGUCUUUCCACUUUCAACACAACUGUUACCAUCAUAUCUCCUAUGAAUGGUCCUGCGCCUGACACUCAAACUUACAUACAACGAUUAGAACAAGAGAAGGCAGAGAAAGCUCGAGGAGAACAAGGAGAUAAUAGAUCCUUUUUAGCAAAAUAUUGGAUGUAUAUAGUACCACUUCUGAUUUUCCUUCUAAUAUCUGGUGCAUCAGGACCUGAAGGUCAAGUUAAUGCACGUUAAUCCAUUUUUACAUAAAAUUUGUUUGUAUUUAUGUAGUUGCAUCACUAAAAAUUUUAUGAAUGAGACUUAUUUAAAUAAAUGGUUAAUUACAUUA